AUGGCUCGUUCGACAGAUCCUGCUCCGCUCCGCAUCGCAGGUAUACAAGGAUCCGGAACUGACAGAGAAGCUGCUGGGCACAGCAGGAUUAGCUGCAAACCGUCUUCAUCGAGCCUGGCGGACUUCAAAGAACCUGCAUACCUCGCCAUCAACCCCAACGGCCGCGUUCCCUCAAUCCACGAUCCAAACACCGAUCUGACCCUCUGGGAAUCCGGUGCCAUCAUCGAAUACCUUAUUGAGAAGUACGAUUCGGGUAGAGACCAGAUAAUCUGCCCGCUUUGCUGA